CAACUUCCAGAAGUAAAUGUAAAACUUUCGUAAGUUUCCGUGUCGCUGUGAAAUUCGUUGGUCACUGACAUCAAGUGGAAUAUCAAAAUUGAAAAUGGCUGAAGAAAUGGAUUUGCAACAUUUGCUCCAAAAUGCGGAUCACUUAUUCGAUGAAAAUCAAUAUCAAGAGGCGAUUGAUCUGUUGAAAACAUUCCCGAAUCAAUCGGAUGCAAAUAUUCCGUGGCGUGAAGCGCGCGCCUUAUACAAGUUGUCGAAACAAAAUAAAGCGAAGAGACAGGAACUCAUUCGUGAGGGCUUCGAAUUGAUUCAAAAAGCAUUGGAAUUGGACGAGAACAAUUACGAAUGCCAUAAAUGGAUGGCCGUUUUGCUGGAUGCUAAGAGUGAAUUGGAUGGGGUAAAGGAGCGCAUUACUCAAUUGAAAAAUGUGAAGAAGCAUAUGCAAAAGGCCCUUGAAAUGAACUCGGAAGAUCCAUCGAAUUGGUAUUUGCUGGGUAUGUUUUCAUUUAGUUUGGCUGAUAUGCCAUGGGUUCACCGAAAAAUUAUGUCGACCAUUUUUUCAACGGCACCAACUGGCACCUACGAAGAGUCACUGGACUAUUUCCUCAAAGCCGAGGAAAAGAAAGCCAAUUUCUAUUCAAUGAACCUCCUUUUCAUCGGAAAGUGCUAUUACAAUCUGAAGAACAACGAAAAGGCCAAGGAAUUCCUCGACAGAGCCGCUAACGUCCAAGUUUUGAACGAGGAUGACAAGAAAUGCAAGGAGGAAGCGACCACUCUAUUGAAAAAGUUAUAAUCAUUCCCGAAUAUUUUGCUUAAAUCAGUGUUCAUUCGAUACAUUUCACUCAUUGCACAAUAAUUGUUGGAAUGUAUCCAUUGGAUAUUGGAUAUGAUCCAAUCAUUCAAAAUGAGAAAAUAGAAUAAAAAAACAAAUGUUUGCCGAU